AUGUCGCCAAGGAUCCGGGAAACCAACAAGAGAGUCCCACUGCAAAGUUCCAGAAAAAAGGCAAAGUCGGCGCAGACCAGGUCGCCCUACCAGCCGUCCUGGCGCCUGGCAAUUCCGCUGACUCCAUUCACGCUGCCGUUGAAUCUUUUCCCAACGGACUUAUGGUGCAUUCGCUUCUGCUGCCAUCAACGAACUGUGGAACGAAGACAAAGCUUUCGUCGUAAAGAUAUCGGACCAACCUUGGCACCAGGAUCAGCGCCUGCCUGCCAACAGUUUCCAGCCAACACAUACUGCGACAUUGACGGGCUCGCUUGGAUAUUCAUCCGCUGGACCUUGACACUACAGAUCCCAUCCCCUGCGAAAAGGGUCUCGGCGCUGGACCUGGCCAACUGGCAAGUGUGGGGCGCUUACGACUCACUGGCCAACAACCUGGCGGGGAACGCGAACAGCCUGGGCAAGUACGGCCCCGACUUGGGAAUCAUCGCCCCAUCUGCGUGGCGCGUCCAGCACGAUUACGGCUUCUGGACCGACGAAACGCCCCAGGCCACCGUCACCUCGGUGCUGGCGAACAUUACGAACCUCGACUUGAGCCACAUCUUGUUGUGGAACUUGGCCGUCUGCGAUCUCGAUGGCGUUCUCGACGGCGCCCAUUUCAAGGCUUCCGGCACUCAAUGGACGGGGCACAUUACCUGUGCCUGCGCGAUGAUGAAGGACCUAAACGGCAAGGCGUUCCCGCUACCGUUGACUUCUAAUAACGCGAUUCCGCUGAACAUAUGCCGGCAAGCGUGGACAAAAUGA